AUGGAUGAAGAAAAGAAAGCAGAGAAAAAAAGAAAACGAUUUUCCGCUCGCUUAAAAACUUCUAAAGGAAUAUUAUGCUCUGAAGUACCUGGACCUUUUAUAGUUCUGUGCAACGUUGGUCAGGCUACUGGUUUCGAAAAAUCAGAUGUUAUUAAAUUGUUAGAAAAUUUACCCUCAAGUGUCAUCUUGACCAAGUUCAUAGCUGAGAAAGGGGAGUCUUAUUGCUAUGUUGUUUUUAAUAGCACAGAUAGUGCAAAGCUAUUUUAUGAAACACAUAAUGGAAGAGAAAGAAUAAAAUGUACACCAAUUUAUAUGAAUUAUGUGGAAAAUGUACCGAACAAUGAAAUUGUUUGUGCUACACAAAUACCUGCUGGAUUACACUUAAUUGAAAAUUUUAUCUCUGAAUCUGAAGAGGCAACAUUUUUAAAACUCUUUGACUGGAUUGAUGAGUCUAAUUUAAAGAACAGACAAGUCAAGCAUUUUGGUUAUGAGUUUAGGUAUGGUAGCAAUGACAUAGAUUUGAAUUCCCCUUUGGCAGAAAAAAUACCGCAAGAAUGUGAUGUUUUAUGGGAGAGACUUAAAAGUCAUGGUAUUGAUUUUAGCAUACCUGAUCAAUUGACAGUUAAUAAAUAUAGUCCUGGACAUGGUAUACCCUCACACGUAGACAAACACAGUCCUUUUGGACAUACCAUAAUGUCCCUUUCGUUAGGAUCGGCAGUUGUUAUGGAUUGGAAACACCACUCUGGGGGAUAUAUCCCACUAGUUAUUCCAGCUAGGUCUUUACUAGUCAUGCAGAGUGAGGCUAGGUAUGACUGGCAACAUGGGAUUCAGCCAAGACAAUGGGACCCAAUCAUAGAAACUCGGCAACAUGAAAGCUCGCAUUUAAGAGUUAUAACUAAUGACACCGUUCCAAGGCAAACUCGGAUAUCUCUAACAUUUAGAAAAACUAGGACGGGGAAAUGUGACUGUGGAUACAAAGUGCUAUGUGAUAGUGUUGUUAAAAGUAUCGAUGGGGAUGUUGCUUCUGAAUUGGAAGACCUUCAUGUACAUCAGGUGUACGAACAAAUAGCAAGUCACUUCAGUUCCACUCGGCACAAGCCUUGGCCGAAAGUCGUAGAGUUCCUUCAGGACGCGCCGUCAGGCUCCAUCGUACUGGACUUGGGCGCGGGCAACGGCAAGAAUAUACUUAAACGCAAUGAUAUCGUGCAGAUAGCAGGUGAAAGAAGUAUGGGGUUAUUGAACGAGUGUAAAGAGUACACGAGGGAUGUGAGCGCGGCAGAUUGCGUGCGCCUCGACCUGCUGGCGCCGGGGCUGCGGCGCGCGAGCGCGGACAGGGUCAUCUGUAUAGCUGUUAUACACCAUUUUAGUAAUCAGGAGAGAAGACUCCAAGCUGUAUCAACGAUAGCACACCUGUUACGUCCGGGGGGCAAAGCCCUAAUCACAGUAUGGGCGAAAGACCAAACAAAAUCAAACUAUCUCAGCCAAAACAAGGAAAACUACGACACAAGUCUACAUUCCGUCGCCGGAAUAAAUCUUCCCAUACACGAAAAUAGAACCCAAUUUAAACACAACGAUCUUCUCGUGCCCUGGAAAUUACGUAAAAUGAAGGAAAAAAAACUAGAAAACCAAUCAAAUACGACAUUGUUAAGAUAUUAUCAUGUUUUUGAAGAAGGCGAACUGGAUAAACUAUGUGAUUUGCCAGAUUUAGUUGUGGAGAAAAGCUUUUAUGAAGAGGGUAAUUGGUGUGUUGUCUGUAGAAAGAUU